AUGGGUCGGUGCAUACAGGUCAAACUCGGAAUGCAGUUCGUCUAUGACAGUGUCUGUAAACUGUAUGAACUGGAACUGUACGAAGACGUGACCACACUUCUAGAGUUAUCAACAAAUGAACUGAAUACCCUCACACAGAUUCAAUCUGCAAACAUUGCUUCAAUUGGUGCUGAUUCUUACUAUCAGUCCGAUAAUUAUACCAAAAGUCAAGAGAAAUUCAGUGAAUCCGAACUGAAAUAUCGCCUGCAUCGAUGUUUGCUGAAACAAGGCAAACGUGAAGAAGCAAUGGGUGUUUUGGGGAGUAUUCCCGAAACGGACAUGAGUCCUAAGGUUCAGAAUCCAUUAUUAUUGUUAAUUCUUUUGUUAGAUUUUAUUUUACCCCUCAGUUUUAACUUUUCUCCAUCGAAUGUAUGGAUUUUGUUUGAAGUUUGUGGGAGCAUUAACUUCAUAAAGAAGUAUCGUUCAAUGAUAUCUUCUGGACCUGAAAUAGAAUUUCCCAAGGAUUUCUUUUGA